UGGCACUCCGAGCGUUUCAAUCGCAGAAUAGAAACAUCACAUGGACAGAGAGUCGGAAUUUGAGGACAUUCGGCCACUUGUGACUCACUCGGGGAGUGCUGGACUCUUGGGAAACGUUCCAGACGUCCUCAAAGGGAUCAGCCACCUUCCAAGUGUGAUGGUUGGAAAAUUUCAAGCUUUGUUGCCGAUUCUUGAACGGAUGCACGCAGAGUUAGGGGAAUCUGGCAAUCUGAAUCAAACGUGAGCAACGGUCUUGUCGGACUCUGUUUGAUUGUAGACUGAACAAGUCGAUUCUAAAUUCAUUUUAUUCUUUAAGCCAGCCUGUUUUUUCUUUUCUAUUCCUGCAUAACGAUACUUUGAUAUUUGAAGUUUGCAAUCCACGAUUUACAUUCCACAUGGUUUUACAAUCUUGUCUUCCAAUUGGGUGGUCUGAGAGCAUAAAAAUAAGAUGGAGUUGGAUGAUUGUAGCACUUAGCCUGGCUAGCUUCAGCUAUACUGAUCAGUGUUGGUCUUACAAUAUUUACGAUAUCCGACAGACUGGUAGCAAGGAACAUAAAUUGAUGAAUUGAGUUUUACUCAACCGCAAAAAAAUGUUGUUCAAUGGCUGCUCAUUUCUAUCCGUAAAGCGCCUUGGGAUUGUGUCGGGGGGAAGUGUUAAUCGCUGAGAUGCUUUUUCCCUGCCAAAUAUUCUCAUUGUGUUGUCUGCGCGUGAAUAGCAGCUCUUGUCUUGCAGUCAUUCCAACCUACUUAGUGCUUGUCCCGUGGUUGCCAGCUGCUUUUCCUUUUAAAACAGCCAAAUCACUGAAUGCAGAUGAUUGCUUUUCAGGGGAACAAAAAAAAAAAAAAUCUUCAUCAAAUGAUCAGCUGAAUGUUAUUUGGCUAUUUUUAUUCAACACUCAGCUCAGUUGUUGUCUCGUCUCGCUCUACACAUGCAUUGGAACUGGACUCCAACUCGCGUUCUAAACAGCCAAUCAUUUAUUCUGCAGACUCACAGGACGAAAAGUCUUUGUCCUCUGCUACCUCAUUCCUUUCACACAAAAGUACCUCACCUCACCUCCCCCACCCCCAUCCACCUCGGUCUCCAUUUCAGUACUGAGUGGUUGUUUUCAUAGCAAUACCAGAGCCCCUUCUUCCUCCACGCCACUGACCUUGACAACUUUCCCUACUUCCCCAUCACCAACAGGGAGAUUUAUUAGCUGGAAUUGUUGUUCUUGAUCUUUUUUUUUUUCUUUCUGCGAGAAACUGUAUCUUCUUUCUGGCUGAGUGCAAAUGUGCUUCUAGACCAGGAAAGCAGAUGUGUGCGAUCAGGAAGAUAGUCUCCCUCCCGUCCUCUGGUCCUUUCCAUUUCGAGAUGCAUUGGCCAGUGAUUAGAUAAUGAAAGAUUAAUUAUUGAAUUAGAAAAAAAAAGUCCAUAGAUGAAAUCUUGCAGCAAACAGGAAAGGGACAAUCUUGAAGUUGAUAAAGCCAAGUGUCCUCCUUUAACUCCUUUGUGUGUGUGUUUUGGGGGUGUAAAUGGCAGCGUAUCAAACUACAUCCAUGAUCAAGAUUUAUGAAAACCAUAUGACACAGUCUUCACUUUAGCCCCCCCAUUCUGACAUACAUCACCGCCAGAGCCCCUCCCCCUCCUCCCACAUCUUCCAAAAACACUUUUGUUUCCUCCUCUCCUUCUCCUCUCCUUCUCCUCUCUUCUCCCUCCCUCCCUCCUUCCCUCCCACCCCUUCCUGCGCACUGCGUGUGUUUGACUGCGAAGAGUUCAGAUGUGUUCCUGUCGGGCAGCGUGAGGAGCGUUUCCCAUAAGAAAAAGUUCAAAUGACGGAAGAAAACUUGAACUAGGCUACAAUCGGCAGCUAGGAAAGGAAUACCGUGUGCUGAAAAAGGAUGGGCUCCCUGGUGAGCGGUUCUGUGUCCCCCCUCUUGACCUCCCUGCUGGCCAUCCUUUUCUGGGGCUUUUCCUGCGUCUGGACCGAGGACUUGAUGGAGCGAGACGCGCUGUGCAAUGCGGACGGCUGCCUGGUGGUCUACUUCCAACGAAAGACUUUCUUGGACUCGUGGAGGGCCUGCAAGGAGAAGGGUGGCAACUUGGCCACCUUAAAACGCGAGGUGGAUGCCGCCGCUGUCCAUGCUCUCUUCACCACCGUGGACUUGCGACGGUCGCGCACCAAGGUCCAAGUUUGGAUCGGCCUGCAGCGGCAACCUCGCCAGUGCACGGCCACCCGACCUCUUCGGGGUUUCUCCUGGACUACAGGUGACCAAGAAACAGAAUACACAAACUGGCAGAGAGAGUACUCGCACGCUAUGUGCUCAGUGCCGCGCUGCGUCGUCAUGGGGUACAACACUCAGGACCCCGGCGAGAACUUGAAGUGGCUGGCCGGGUCCUGUUCGGUGCCCGUGGAUGGUUAUCUGUGCCACUAUGGCUACAAAGGAAUGUGCCCCGCCUUGUGGAGCGAGGGCUCCGGCAACGCCUUCUACGCCACACCGUUUGGCCUUCUGAGCACCCUUCUGACCCACGUGCCCUUGGGCUCGGUGGCAACCGUGCCCUGCGAGAAGGAGCAGCAAUCGGUAAUGUGUCUCUCAAGGGAAGACGGUUCAGUGGGGUGGUCCAGAGAUCCCCCUCUCUGCUCCGGUCCUCCGGCGUCUCACGACUGGUGCCGGCAGAAUAACGGCGGUUGCGAGCAUUUCUGCAAGCAAGCCGGGGCGCACUCGUACUGCGAGUGCGCCGAGGGCUAUCAACUGGAAGACGACGGUCAAAGCUGCGUGCUGUCCGAUGCUUGCCAAGAGGCCAACUGCCAGUUUGAGUGCCUGCCUCUUUCCGAGGGCUACCGCUGCGCCUGUCCCGAUGGCUACAUGCUGGCUCCGGAUGAGCACGGCUGUUUGGACGUGGAUGAGUGUCUCCAGAGUCCCUGCGAGCACGCUUGCGUCAACUCCCCCGGGAGCUUUGAAUGUCGCUGUCAGCGGGGUUACCGCCUCAACGACGAAGGCGCCUGCCAGGAUCUGGACGAAUGCCUAAGCGAUCCGUGCGAACAGACCUGUGAGAACACUGACGGCUCUUUCCUUUGCCUCUGCCACUUUGGGUUCUCACCGCAACCCGAGGACCGCAGUCGGUGUCAAGACACGGACGAGUGCCAGAUCCCGGGAACCUGCGAGCAAAUGUGUGUCAACUACGAGGGCGGCUUCGAGUGCUAUUGCGAGGAAGGCUACCAACUUGUCCCGUCCGACUCGUCUUCGUGUCAGAAGAUAGGCGACCGAUCGGCCGUCACGCCGUCCUUUCCUUGGCUUACGCCCCAGCCUGCACCCGUGUGGGAUCCCGUAGAGUACGACUGGCCACCACAGCCCGGUCAGACCCAUUGGGACCCAGAGGGGGAUCGGACACUUGACUGGCUGACUGACCCUCCCAAAGUUUGGGGUUCGGAUGUAAUUUGGGUGACCAGCGCACCACAGGAGGACAUGUUUCAUCCCGCACCAGAGACACACGAGGAAGAUGUUGGUGACCACACUGACCUUUUGCCAACCACCGUCAUAAACACACCUGCACCCGCCACUAUUUCCAGCACCUCUCUUUACUCGUACGAAGAUGAGGAGCCGGAAGAACAAGAGGAGACCACUCCUUCCCCCUUGUCUUCUACCUCUACAAUCUCAGAAGGCGCUUGGAAUUGGUGGGCGGGGUUCUCAACUGUGCUCCAGAACCGGGGAAAUCCAGAGGAUAAAGUCACAGCGUCUGACAUGCUUACUGAUUCCAGCCACCGCAAACCAUCAGAGAAAGAAAACCAGACCCCGGAGAAAGAAAAGCAGAUCGAGGACGUCGCGACCACCUCCAAAGAUGCGCCCACCUGGGUCUUCCCCUCUCAGCAGCCCACAAUCAAACAUUCCGAUUCAGUCCGGGAGGGCCAGGGGUCGACUCGGAGUAGCACCUGGCUGUUGGUGGGCCUCUUGGUGCCCAUCUGCAUCUUUGUGGUAUUAAUGGCGGUUUUGGCUGUCGUCUACUGUACCCGCUGCGCUGUGCGGCCCCGGAGCAAGACGGACACAGACUGUUACCACUGGAUCUCCGGCGCUCACGAUAAGCAGGGCGCUGCUGGACCGUUGGCAGGAGUCAAGAGCCAAGUCUAGGUCGAGAGCACGAAAAAUGGCUUUACAUAAAAAAAACAGUCAAAUUUGCAAAAAGGAAGAAGUCGUGGUUAAAGCCGAUUGGCAUUGUUAAAUAUUGUGCUAUCUGUUCAUGUAGCAGGUGAGAGACACUGAAAACGUUUUUGUCUGUGUUGUUGCUUUGCCUGUAAGUUGCCGACACUGAUCACUUGAUUCCCCCCCCCCCACACACACACACACACACAUUUCACGGCUCAAGUCCUUUGCUUUAGAGGCAAAAACUUCCAUUGUAAAUUCUUCAAUCUUGUCGCGGAUGAUUUUAGCUUCGACACCAUCGGCAGUGAAAGCCCCGUGAAAUGCAGAGGAAUGUUUAUUUUACGAGCGAUUUUUCAUCCUGGUGUAGACAAAAAAAAAAAAAAGAAAGAAACGUUUGUGGUGCAGAUGUCUGAAUGUUGGAUGGGUAUUUCUUUGUUUUAACUCAAGGUUGGUACAAAUUCAUCAGAACCCGCCCCUUGGCUCCAGCUCACUUCUUUGAGUCUGGAUUGUUGAAUCACAUCCAGCUGUUUGAAAGCGAAAGACAAUCACAAAUGCGUACAUUACAAACAAAUGCAUUAUAAUUUGCAUGGGAUUUUUUUCUCUCUCCCCCGAAUGGCUUCACUUUUUUCCACACGAACCAAUAACAUCUGUUGUAUUCCUUUAAUGUGAAUGGGGAGGGGAAAAAAAGGAAUAAAAAAUUCUUUAUUUUCAAAUUUUAUUUUUACAGUCAUAAAAUCGUAAGUCCCUGUG